AUUCUUACGUGUAUGUGUAAAGUGUAUCUACACAGUAGGUAGGUAUCUAAAUGAACUUUAGCGAAAUAUUUUUUAUUCUACCAUGAUAUAGGAUACAUUAUGAUGAAGACUGGAUCAAAAGCUAGUAUACUGUUAAAUUAUAAUUUGAUUACCUUCAAUUAAGUAAUUUUAGUACGGUAGGUACCUACCCAUUAGGUGCCUACCUACAUGAAACCUAUUAUAAAUACCGGUGUUCAAGAGCUUCCCACUCACUUACCUGUAUGGUAUCUACGAGUAAUAGCUUAGCUGCUAAUCAAAACUCAACUAUAGUUGUACAUUAUCUGAAUUGGAAGUUAAAGGAUAAAGUUAAACAGAUCCAUUACCGAAGUAUCAAAAAUGCAUUUCUCUACUAAAAAUUACGAUAGCAAAAAAACAUCACAGUAUUUCUACAAAGCCGGUAGAAUACUUGCGAUCGGAGGGUUACCCGGUUACGUGAAAUGGUGUGAAAGCGGAUAUACCAGACCGGUGUAUAAACAUAUUCAGUCAUUCCUAACUGUCUGCGUUGUAUCAUUCGUAGUAAUGGAAGUCGGAGCUUUCUUUACGCAGACAAACUUAACGGAAAGGCAACAGACGGAUUUGUUGGUGUUAGGCUUCUGUCAUCCCAUACUCAUGACUUACCCGUUCAUCCUAACGUAUCAUAGGGAAAGGAUCAGGAAUCUGCUGUAUAGACUGUGUGUGACCUUGAAGAAAGUCUACAACGAUGUCGAAGUUGAGAGGCGGAUGACAAGAAGUGCCACUCUGUAUUCUAUAUCCAUUGUAUUGAACAUCUACAGCGCUUUGAUUUCUUAUGGCUACGAGGAAAUGUUGCAUGUCAUUCGUACAGGUGAGUAUCUUUUCGUCAAAAAUUCCUCUGUUAUUGUAGAGGAAGAUGGCACUUUCAUGCCAGUGAUUACCGCAUGGCCGGACGUGAAGGACGAAAGUAAUUUGGCCCACAUCAGCCGCAUCGCUUGCUACCUGAUAUGGUGGGUCUGCAUGACACGAAUAUGCGCCGCCUUCUACCUCAUCAUCAUCAUCACCGGCUGCCUGUGCUUUCAAUACACAAACCUGCAAAGCUAUUUCUACAGUCUUAACGAUAUAUUUGAGCAGGCAGGUGAAACUGAUCGGGAAAAUGCUGAACAUAAAUACGAGGAAGCUUUCAAAGUUGGAAUCCAAUUACACGCCGAGACUUUAUGGUGCACGAGACAGUGUCAAGUUAUUUGCAGUAUCGUCUACAGUCUUCAAAUUGUAUUAAAUGUGGCUACAUUCUCGGUGCUAAUGUUACAAAUGACGAACUCGGAGAGAACGUUGGCUUCUACAAUAAAAACAGUAGUCUCGUGUGCAGCGCUUCUCUGUACCACUGGCAUGUCGAUGUGGAACGCUGGCAACGUUACUAUUGAGGCAACUCACCUGCCCACCGCCAUGUACUGCUCAGGUUGGCAUCUCUGCCGCGGCAGGAGCUCGCUGAGGGUGAGGAAGUUACUGGUGGUAGCCAUGAUACAAGCUCAGAGGCACGUAGUGAUCCACGGCUUCGGCAUCAUGGAAAUCUCUUACAGAGCUUACGUGACGAUGGUAAAAACAUCCUACUCCGUGUUUUCACUUUUGUACUGAAAUCCACAUCACAAAGAUCUCCUGGAAUUGUCGCCUGUACCUACCGACCAAUGAUAUUCCUACCAAAUAUAUUUUCAUGUGAUGUCCAAAAAGUUAUAAUAUUUUCGCUCCCGGCUCCGGAAUAAUAUAUUAAUGAUGACGAUUUUCCUUAUAGAAAUGGCAUUUUGAUCAUCUGAUAAUGCCCAGUUAUCCGACUCAUAGCCGUGUAGAGCCGAAAUAGCCCAGUGGACAUGACUUCUGCCGUCUAUUCGGAGGGCAUAGGUUCGAAUCCGAUCCGGGGCAUGCACCUCCAACUUUUGCGAUAUGUGCAUUUUAAGAAAUUAAAUAUCACGUGUCUCAAACAGUAAGGGAAAAACAUGGUCAGAAAACCUGCAUAAACCGGAGGGAAUCUGCCUGUAUGAAGUCUUCGCCGCUGCCAAGUAAAGAAUAUCAUACGCAUAAGCUUGAUCAAUUUAUUUAUUAGUUAAAUUACAUAUCUACCAUCGAUGCUUAUUAAAUUAAGUAUAUUAAAAUCUAUUGUCCAUUAAUUUUCAACGAAAUUCAUUGGAAUACGUAAUAACCGCGCUACGAUUUAUUUAAAUACUAUUCAUUGAAUGCAUAGUAGCUAUUUAAUUGCACAGUAAAUUAUAGAGUUGCAUUAAGUACAAUGUGUUUUAUUGAAUAAAUCCUAUACUUACUUACUUAUGUACUUGUACCUAUUAAGUACCUACCUACCAAACUUAAAAAAGAAUUUUAAAGUGUAUUGUGUUAGGUAAGUAUACUUACUUACUAAAAAUAAGUAUAGAUACUUAAAAGUUAUUAAAGGUAAGCUUAUGUAAGUUGUAUAAAAACAGGAGGUACGUAAAUAUUUAUGUACCAUAUUACGCGCGUCUUUAAACCUUAAUAACUACCAGACGCCAAGCGAUUUCAUCCACGUAGUUCUUGUUCCCGUUGGAAUAGAGGAAUAAAAUAUAGCCUCUCGUGGAUAGUGUAGCUUCACAACUUGUUCCCAACAGUUAAAGAAUUU